AAUUGGUAUAAUAAUUGUGACUAACCCGUAUAUAAUUAUGCGGGUAGAUCAACGAAUGGACUUUGGGAAAAUGCAUGUUUUCGUCAAGGUGGUGUUAGGGGACUAUUUUGGCUUUGACGUUGAAAUUCACACACGUGAUCGUCACAGGAGAAGAUUAUUUACUUCUUGCAUGUAGACGGAGCUAUCUGGAGACAAGACGAAAUGGCAUCCAAGUCUGAUGUGAAAGUGGCAGUGGUAACAGGAGCAAACAAAGGCAUUGGUCUGGAAAUAGUAAAAUCCCUAUGCCGCCAUUUUGGACAAGAUGGCGUCGUUUACCUUACUGCGCGUAACGAAGGGCGUGGUCUAGCAGCCGUCGAGGUCCUUCGAAAAGAGGGACUCAAUCCAAGGUUUCAUAUUCUUGACGUCACUGACCAGAGUAGCAUCGAUACACUUCGGGACCACCUCGAGAAAGAACAUGGCGGGAUUGAUAUUCUUAUCAACAAUGCUGGCAUCGGUACAUCGCACAAUCUACCCCUUUACGAAAAAUCACUGCCCGUUGUGAAGACAAACUUCUUUGCCGUUCUAGCAGUCUGCCGGAGUUUAAUGCCCCUAGUUCGGCAAAGUGGAAGGAUCGUUAAUAUUGCAAGUACGACGGGGUAUAUUGCAUUUAGAGAACAGUUGGACGAGGAUUUGAAGAAUCGUUUUCGACAAGUUAAAGACGAAGAAGACCUUGUGGCUCUGAUGAAUGAAUAUCUGCAAUCCUGCAAAGAGGGGACCAUAGAGAAGAACAGAUGGCCGGAUAAGGCAUACGGAAUCGCCAAACUUGGUGUCAUUGUUUGGACCAAGAUACAGGCUAAGAGGUUGUCAGAACAGGAGAUGACGCGAGGCAUACAUGUCAAUGCGUGUUGUCCAGGCUUUGUAUCCACCGAUCUGACUGCUCACUUACCCGCCAAUCACUAUGGAGGAACUAAAAUUACUACCGUAGAGGGCGUCGAUACUCCCGUAUUUCUCGCACUCUUACCGCCUGGUGCAGACGGGCCGAACGGAGAGUUCCUUUUGCGAAGGAAAUCCUAUGAUUUCCUCCACACCGAUGUAACCAUUGACAUAUGUGAAUAAAAUUAUGUGCGAAUGUGCAUCAAGACGUCCGAUACGAUGAAAUAUAAUUUAAUGUAAUGUAAUCAAUAAUGUAAUGUAGUGUAAUGUAAUCAAAGACAGGGUUACACCAAAACCGAAUUCUCUCGAAUAAAUUCGGACCGAUUCUAGCCCGAAAGUAAUGCAAUAUAAUGUAAUGCAAUGUAUAAUGUUGUGUAAUGAAUUGAAGUGUACUGUAAUGCAGCUGUAAAGCAAAACAUGUUAAAGGAAGGUAUUACCUUAUAAAUUUCAAAAUCAAAGUUACUGAUUCAGUUGCCAUUCUAUUAUCAUUCACAGCCCUUUCUGUUAGACCAGCGAGUCACGAUCUUCAGAAGCCAAUCAUGAGCCAAUUAAUUAUUCAUAUCUAUGAGGGUACGACACUGUGUGGGAUACGACUAUCUACCAGUCGCGCCGGAACACUU